AUAAAACUGAGUUUUUUCAGGAGAAAGUAUAAUGUGAAAAUUAAAGUAAUUUGACAAGAAAAAGAGUACACUAAAUUCUUAAGAAGGAGAUAAAAAAUAUUACAUUAAUAGUAAAAUACAUACUAUAGUUGAAAACAAACGUAAUGAUUGUUCUCAGUCUUGGAAAGGUAGUAUGCUACAUAAUCAACUGAGACUGUCUAAAAUUGAGCGUAGUUAAUGAAAGUUACGAUUGAUGGUAUCAUAGUUGCCAAAUGUAGAUUACUGAAAGAAAGUCUACGUAAAUUCUCCUUCGAUUUUAUUGUUAUUACUGAUAUAAGAAUUUAAUUAUAUCCAAAUUUUUAUAUGGAUUAAACUAUUCGUAAAAAUUUCAAGUAAUACGGUUAUUUAAGUAAUAUUUUCGUGCAUAAAUAAUACUACAUGAUGACAGUGAUGUGUAGAAAAUAAAUAUCUUGAUAAAAAUGACGUGGUGAGAAGAGCCUUAUCGUUUUACGAAACCAUCGAAGGAAUUGCAAGGAUGGAUGAAAGUACAGGCUCAGAAAAAGUUUGGUGUAAAACUAAAGCAGAAGAGCAGAAUAGCUUAUAUCAUGGAGAAUCUGCAACACAACCUAUGGAAGCAAAUUCUACUUCUUUAGCAGAUAUAUUUGAUACAGCAUUUACAUCUACAGUUGAUCCUUCUCCUCAGCCAAGAUUUAGUACAGGUAAUGAAAUGGAGUACGAACAUUUAUUUGCAGAAAGCGAUAUAGAAGAAUCUGAAGUAACUCCUAUUAAUCCUUAUGUACAUCCUCCGCCACAUCCUACUUCAGCUAGCAAUUUUGUUUUUGGAAGUUAUUUGACUACACCUGAAACAACAGGAGAUCCUCAUCAUUAUUGGCGACAUGAUUAUAGGCAACAAUUAAGGAAUAUAUAUGGUGGAAGAGCUUGUGGAAAUUAUUGCAAAAGAUUUUUACAUGAGCGAGAUCCACCAGUGAAACCUGAAAGUAAAAAAAGCGAAAUCCAUAAGUCAAUGAGUGAUCAACAAUCUGAUAGUUUAAGUAUAGCUGGCCCAUCAAGAUUAUCAGAUGGUAUUCCUAAUAGUUUUCUUUCCAGCACAAUUAGAUCAACAAUCAACAAUGGAAACAUAUUAAAUCAAGUCCCGCAAAAUAAUGAAAAUAAUAGUGCCAAUGAAUCCAAUACAUUUUACCACCAAAUUUUGCCAAAUACAAUUAAUUCUCAACAAUAUACUCGCCCAAUAAGUAAUGAUGAUGCACCAUCAGCACCAGAUCUACAAUUAGAUUGGUCUUCUAGUAGUGAUGAUGAAGAUGGGUCAGUUGAAGUCCUUGGAACAGUAAAUCAUAAUAAUAAACAAAAUUCUGUACAAAAUAAUGGAGAAAACAAUCGUCCAGUAACGGUGGUUGAUUUAACUGUUGAAUCCGAUGAAGAACAUGCUCCCUCUACAUCAACAACUCCUGUGGUAAAUCCACGUCCAGCAGAUUAUAUACAUAACGAGAACAGCUUUUACUGUAGGCAUGGUCCACCAAUUACACCUGUAAUGCACAGCCAAAUGCCACCUGUUAUUGAAGGAAUACAGAGGACACGUAUGCAUCCUCUACAAGAAGAACUAUGGAGGAUUCAACAGGAUAUACAGGAAAUACGCAGGCGACAUUUCUAUGGAGGAACUUCAUCUCACCAUGCUAGCACACUGCCAUGUGGUCGAAUCAUACGUCAACCACAUAUAUGUAAUAGCGUAAACCCACACGUUUUUAGACCUAUUUCGCGCCCAGUUUUAGCACCACCUCUACGACGUAUUGUUUAUAAUCAUCCGGAUAUACGUGCAAUGGAAUUUGUUGUAGUGGAACCAAGACCUGAAAUGUUGCCGUCUAGGUCUCUUCAUCCGUUGUCUCAUUCUGAUCGUCCACGUCACAGACCAGAAAUGAACCAACACCAUUUAACUGAUGAUAUGCGUCCUCUUAAUCUUGUGCAGGAGUCCGAUACGCAGGAUAUGCUGAGGCCGUUACAACGUUUGAUGCAAUUUCCACCUCCAUUACGACUUGACGAAGAUUACAUACAUCUCGUAAAUUUACGGCGAAUGUUUAGUUGUGGAGCUACACAGGAGUCGAUUGAAAGGAAUACAUUCCCUCACAAGUACAAACGGGUUAAGAAAGUUGAGAAUGGUGAAAGUGCUCUUGAAAAAUGUACUAUAUGUUUGUCCGAGUUUGAGGACUGUGAAUGUGUCAGGAGGCUUCCAUGUAUGCAUUUAUUUCACAUAGAUUGCGUCGAUCAGUGGUUGCGCACCAAUACACGCUGUCCUAUAUGUCGGGUGGAUAUUGAAGCUUUUCUACACAAGGAGCUUGCCGCUACUGCAUAGUUUAAGGUUGAUUUUACCCGUCUAUUUUCAUUUUUAAAUACGAUCAGGUAAUACCCGCAUUUUUAAAAAUAUUUUAAGAUAUCCUAUCUAUGAGUAAACCAUUUUCUGACACUACUGUGACUGUUGGUGUAACAAAUUUUACUGUGAAUAAUCAAAAGUAAAGAUAACUGAACAAAACUAAGUUCCUGAAGUUAUAGGAGAGGUUUGUUUUGAUUUAACAUUUUAUCCUUGCAUCCAUUUUAUGGGUAUUAAUAUAUUGUACAUAAGAAACGUUAGAUAUGUUCAUUGCGCGUUAUUGUAAUAUUCAAAUUUGUAUUUUCUUUUUCCGAUGAUUUAUUGCGAAUAUAACAUUUCAAAAAGUAACAAUCGGGUUAGAUCAAUCAUUUGAAAUAGUAAAAUGUCUUCUGGACGUUUUGUACCCUACUGUUUUAUCAUGUGUGAUAAAGGAAAAAAAUGUUAAUUACUGAAAUUUUGAAGCCAUUGUGAAUCUUUCACUAUAAAAAGUAAAACAAAGAUAAACUAAUAAGAGUCAUACAGAAGUAUUUUAUUCAUGCGUUAUAUAAUUCUACUGGGUGCUAUAUCAGUAUAAAGUCUAUAUACACUAAACGUAUUUUAAUAAUUUGUGAAACUGUUAAACACUACAUAUUGAUACAAAAUAACUCCCUUGCGAGGCUAUGUAAAAUUUUCAUAAGUUUUUAUAUUAAACGAGCUUUUUAAGAAAUAUGUAUCUAAUAAUUCUAGAAAUGUAUCUAUUAACAUUUUAUGAAAUUUUUUUGAUGAUUUUAGGAUUGAAAUAAUGAAUUUCGUUUUACUUAAAUUUUAAAGUUUUUAUCAACAAGUAAGAACAGACUUUCAAUAAUACCAUUUUCAAAAGUCAAGUCAGAAUUGAAGGAGCUUGAUAAAUAAAUACACAAAAACUGUAGAAAAAUUCUAAGGAGUAAGUAUAACUAACUGGAAUACAGGCUCUUAUUAGUACUAUGUGAUGCUACUGUGUAUUAUUAUUGUAUAUAUCAAUAUAGUAAUAUUAAUAUAUAUAUUACGUAUACACUACUAUACAGUAGUAUUACAUAGAAUAUUUUUAGUAGUAUAUUAAUUAUAAGCAGUGUAAUUUUAUAAUAUGAAAUUAAUAACUAAUUCAACUUACUUGACACAAUAUAAAACAAUGUUCACCAAGUGUAUUUGCAAUUUAAAAAGAAAAAGAAAAGAAAAAAAGAAACGGACUAUUUUCACUUGUUUUUUGUACAAAUAACAUAGAUGCCUUUUCAAAGAGAAGAUAUCUGAUAAACGCCCUUGAUUUUUAUACAGAAAGAAAACAUUAGUGUGAUUGAGAAGUCUCAACGCAUUAUUACUAGUUAGUAUUGUCUUUACGUGAUUCUCUGAGUGUGUUAUUAGAAAAACACAAUACAAUUACUAUUAAGUUUACAAAUAAAGACCAUUGAAUUAACUAUGCACACCUCUGUUCAGCCUAAUUAGCGAAGCUAAGUCAAAUGUUUAAAAAUUAUUCAAAUUACAUACUUAAUUAUUGUAUAUUAACUUUAUUGAGAUAUAAAAUAUACGAAUUUCAUGGUAGGCAUAUUUAAUUUGUUCUCAAUUAUAUCAAAACUUAUUCAUUUCAAAAUAUAUUUCGUAAAGAGCACGAUCAUAAAUUAUAAAUAUAUAUUUUAAAUCAUGAUCAUUUAGUUAAACUAAGUAAAGCUUUGCUAUAAUAUAAAGAAAAAUUGUCGUAAAAAAUAUUUACUAUACUGUAUGGGCCUUAUACAGCAUUAGUAUUGUAAAUAGUUAUUAGAUUAUAAUGUAAUCAAAAUGACACUGAAACGUAGGAAGCUGCAAUCAAAUUUACUGCCACUGAACUUCCACUAUCUACAUACAGAGAGUAAAUUGAUAAGCUUCAUGACAGUUUUUUCAUACAAAUCAUUUUGCGAACAACUUAUAAUCCUAUUAGAAUUAUAUAAAAAUUUCAGAAAAGUUGUUGAAUUUUCAUGAUCAGGGAUAAUGUUCUUUAAUGACUUUAAUGUUCAGUAUGCAAGGACUUAAAUGGCUUUAAUUGUACAGAAUUAAUAUAUUUAACAAAACGUUACAAUAUCGAUGUUUAAAUCUGUAUGAAUUUUCAUUUAAGAAUAUGCGGUAUCUUUUACUUUUGAUAGUUAAUAGAUAUUUGAAAUAUCAUUUGUAAUGAAAACAUGAAUAUACAAAAAAUGGAAAAAAAAAUUAAUAUACUUACCACGAUGUUGUUCGGUUAAAUAUCUUUAAAUAUAAAUAUAUGCUCUGUUUCAUAAAUGUAUUGUUUUUCAUAAUAAUCAAUGACUGUGUCAUUUAUUAAGAUUUAUAUUGCAAAUAUUUUACAAACAGAACUGUGUUAGUAUUUUAUAAUAAUUUGUUUAUACCUUACUAUUACCAAAAGAAUGCUAAUGUUUGUGUACCAAAAUAAGUGAUUAUAACUAAACGUACUUAAUUAUUUAAUUGAUUAAUACUUCCCAAUAACAAUAGCUAUUAAAAAGGUUUAAUUGCACUGACAUUAUAGACAGUGAUUUACUGAUCACUUGAUAAUGUAGAUAUCAGACAAGUUUUUUGACAGAAAAUUGUAUUCUAUGGGCGUAAAAUUGCCAUUAUAAUUGUUCAAGUGCGCAUGUGUAUAUGUUGACUAUGUUGACAAACUGGCUACGUAAAACUUACUUCUUAAUCAUCCACUCUAUACAAGUGAGUUGAUACCUACCUAUAGUCAGUUAUUAGGUAUGUAAAUUGAGAAACUUCAUAAAUUUUAAGCAUAUAAAUUGUAUAUGUUAUUAUAGGAAUGUAAUACAAUGUUAAAUGUAUCAAUCUAUUGUUAAAUAUCAGAGUAAAAAUUAUUCAAAAUAAAUCACAUAUAAAAGAGGAAAAGUGUAAUUGUUACCAAAAGCAAAGAAAUUUUGAUAGAAUAUAAUGCAGAUAUUACAAACUUUUAUAUGACUUAC